UGAUUUUCUAAAUCUGGGAGCACAAAACAUAUUUCUUUUCUUCUUUAAUUUCACCGUCUCUCGUACGUAAAAGAGUAGAAAAGGAGGCAGGCUGAUUUGUACCUUUGAUUCGCGAUUAUUAGUGAUAAACGGCUGUGAUUGAUUGAUGCAGAAUGCGGUGGAGCAACCGCCGAGGUUUGUUGGGAGAUGGGUAGGGGCAUACACGAUCAACGUGUUCGUGGUGGUGUGGGUCCUAGUUGUUGGGUUUGGAUUUGGUGGGUGGGCCAGCGUGACAAAUUUCAUUAACCAGAUUGACACAUUUGGGCUCUUCACCAAGUGUUACCAAUGCCUACCGCCGCUGCCGCCGUCGUCUCUAGCAUCACCACCACCGUCUCACAGCCUCAACGCCACCGCAGCAGCUCCUCCUCUACACCACCCCUUGAAUCACACUCGCCACGUUUGAAUCAAUCCUGGAGGCAUUUGCUCCAAUCCGUCAUAGUUCCCCCAAGCACAAUAGGGCGCUUUGCAUCUUCCUUGUUUAGUGUUAUAGAGUUUGUCGUGUAUUUUUUGAGGAAGAAAAUUAAGGGGCAAUGAAAGUUUGUGAUGCUCUUAAUUAAUGUUAUCUUCCCAUUUGAGAAUGUGAAUCCGAAUAUGACUUUUUAAUGUUUCGUAAGUUGGAAAAGAUGAUUGACAUGUACACAUCUAUCCAGCCAAUCUACUGCAAAGCGUAACUUUCACAGAAAAUAGUAAUGGAAUCUACUCUGCUAUAAGAUGACAAGAAUGUUGAGUCCAAAACCUAAGAGAAAGAAUUGGCAGGAAUCUAUCUGUUUGCUUCUGCUUUGCUUUGGGACUUUGAACUGUUCUAU